UUGACCAAAGAGUAUCUAUGCAUAAUGGCUUAUAUAUAUAUAUGUAUGCAAACCGCGGUAAUGUUUGAAUUUUACGUCUUUUGUAUUGAUUUUUCUCACGGGAAGUGGCCAUCCUGUCAAACAAGAGGAAAGGAAUAAGACAGGAAAAAACAUACCAAAAACAAUCGAGAACGCUCUUUGAAAACUUUAAACGGAAUGAAAGCGACAGUUAGAUAGAUUACGAAAGUGUCAAUACAUUUUUCGUUUACUAUGCCACCACUCUGCCAAAUUCAAUUUAAGUCCGAUAAAAAGAGAGAUUAAACACGAUAUUCAUUGAUAAACGUUUCUAUUUGAUGAAUCGAACUAUUCAGAAGGGAAUCUGUUAUUUCUUAAAGAUAAAGAUUGAACAAUAUCGUCACUCUCCCGAGUAACUCGACCAUUCUUCUUAUAAAUGACCAAUAAAUCUGUUCCAUGGUUUGUAUAAUGCCUAACCUCUCCACAGAAUACCCCAAUGUUUACUUAUCAAAACGAGAAAGUCCUUAUCUUCUAUCCGUAAUUACGCCUCAAAUCAAAGAAAUAUAUGUAUCAGAAAGCUUGUUUUUCUGUGGAGUUCUAGUCUGUUUAUGCUAGAAGCAAAAAUUUCUUCAUAUUAUGGAUAACUCGAUAGAAGAGGAUCGUCUGCUGACGUCCACUCCGAUUCAGAGUCUGGAUGUACCACAUCUUCUGGAUCCGGGUGAGAAUCUUUCGGAUAGCAAAAGCGAUGAUCGGGACACCCCGGAUUUUGUCGUCAGACUUGGUACUUCCUUGGCCAGGUCAGAAGCAGAGUCACAGUACAAACUUCUGCUAAAAGAAUUCUCACUUAGACCUUUGGAAUCACAAAAGAUUCCCAAACAACAAUCAUCCAUUAACUCAGGUACAACCAGUAUCCGGAGCUCCGGCCGUGUUUCACCGGUUCGACGUCGGAGCUCCGUAAUUUCCAUCGGUAACGACCUUCGCCGGCGUUCUGUGACGUCAGUGACUGGGGAGCAGCAUCUCCGGAUGUUGAGUCGAGGACUUGGUCGUCUGCAGAGGAGGAGGAGAAUGUCUACCAAAGGUCUACUGUUCCCUCCCCUGCCCUCACCCCAGGAGGACCUCUCUCCGCGGGAACCGGCCAUUGUCAAGUUCAGAAGAAUCGCCAGGAGUGUUCUAAUUGUAUCCGGGAUUUGGAUUUGGUUAAAGAGGUGACUAAGAGACAAGUUGAAAGAACUACUCUCCAUACCCAAAGAACGAAGAACUCUGCAGAACAUUCAAGUGAUAAUGGCUCUGAUGAGGGACAACGCCUCCUUUCAGGACUAUCCCGUACACACACAGAUACAACUGGCCCGCUGUAUGCAGUACCAAAGUUACGAGGCACGCCGAGUGAUUUUGAAGCAGGGCCACCCUCCGUCCAUGUUUUACAUCAUGUUGACAGGCACAGCCAUAGUGAACAUCCUUGACGAAGACCCGCGAACGGGAAACAAAUUCGUCCGAACAGUUCACGAACUUAACGGUGGGGACACGUUUGGGGAGAUUUCUUUGAUACACGGGGGACUCCGCACAGCCUCCAUCAUUUGUAAAACAACGUGUGAGUUUCUAGUCGUUUUGAAAGAGGAUUUCGAUGUCAUAAUCAAGGAGCCACUGCGAAAACAAAAAGAACAAAACGUAGAAUUCUGCAAAUCACUGAUGUUGUUCAAAGAUUUCCCUUGCGAAAAAGCUUUCCAGCACAACACAACCCAGUUUUUCUACCAAUAUUUCAAACCUGAUGAUGUCAUUGUCAGAGACAGUCUGGAAAGUAAAUACAUCAUUGUCAUUAAAGCGGGUAAAUGUAAAAUUGUGAGCGAUUUCCAAAGUCGAAAAUCAGAGACACGGCCAGACAGGAUCAGAAAGAUGUUUGAACCCGAGGUGGAAGAGGCCUUUCCCUUGUAUACAACUAUGAAAAAGAUACAAGCAAUGGACUCUUGUCCAAGAACAGAUAACAAACCCAGUUCCAGAGACAAAUUUCGGAUUGGGUUAUUGACGGGUACGAUAGAUAGAGACAAGCUGGUGAGCAGCGUAUCAACCCGUGUGUCGGAACGAGAUUCUAAACUGGACCAUUCUAUAACAAUCCUGACCUUGUCUGGAUUCCAGCUCCAGCGACCUAGUCAUCUUAAUUCUGAGUCCCAUUACGUCAUAACCAAGCAGCGGCAUUUCGCUACCUUGAAUUCUUCGACCACAGAAGAAACUGGUCUCUGUAAUCUAGUUGAGUUGCUGUAUAGUCCAGUCGAUAAUUCAGAAAGUGCCACAGAGAAACUGGCAACCACAGUUGAUGAUGAAAUAAGUCAAAUGACACUCCGAAGACAUUCUGCUGAUCCACAUAGAAAAUCCCAAAAGUCGGAUCGUAGAACGAUGUCCUCCAAACCACGGCUCAUGGAAGAAAUCCCGGAUUGCGAAGAGGACUAUGUGCCACGCAGUAGAUGUUCCGAGCCCAUCAUCACGGCCUACGCCCAGAUUUCAGAAUUAAAGACGGGACAAGUAUUUGGAUUGGAGUCUCUGAUCUCCACCCCGUCCACACAACUGAGUCUGGUCAGCGAGGGGGCGGAGUGUAUACUCAUUUCUAAGCGGCUCUUCCUGAGGGAGGCUAAUGUUAAAGUCCUAAGGAUUGUCACAGACUUGGUUCAAAAUUACCCCUCUCACAACUAUAUAAAAAAUCAGGUGUUUAAUUACCGGAAAUGGGUGCAGUAUAAGGCAAAUUUAGAAAAGGAGGUAUUGACCAACAUUCAGAGGAAAAACAAAGCUUGGAUAGGGGGCGUUCCCGCAAAAGGAUGAGGAUUUGCGUUGGACUUUGUGAAAUUUACACUUUUAAUUAGAAUGUUAUCUCAGAUUUAACAACCAUA